AUGGAACGGACACCGCCACGUAGAAGCGCCCGCCUCAUGAAUAACACCAGCAUUAACAGCAACGCAUUAUUAUCGCCAAUAUUGGAAGCGUCCUUUAACACCGCAGUAAGUAAUAGUUCUAACGUGCCCACCAGUGUCUCUAGUACAGCCGCCACAACCGACCAAAUGCCUAUCGACGAUGGAGCCCCAGCCGCCCCAGCCGUUCACACGGUCGCAGGCACCGACUCCGUGCCGGUGUCACGCCAAAUCCCCGAAAAUAGCUCUGCUAGUCAUAACUUCGACGACAUCGAGAGACGCAUAGCCAUGCUGGAGCUCCACUUGAGGGACACCCAGGUACAGUUGCGGGAGCGUGAAGUCCAAAAUGAAGUUCUUCGAGCAGCGUUAUUGAGCAACGGUAGUUCUGCCGUUACUUACGCCAGCAGCGUAGUCGCGCAGUCGCAGCCAGCACCUCCGCCGCAGCCAGCACCGCCAGCGCCGCCGCGGUCAACGCAAACGCAAUUCGAAGCACCGCUAACAAACGCACUGCCAACUAACGUACAGUCGGGUACCUCUACGCCCUUUAUUGAAGCCCCAUUUAUGCCGCCGCCUACUUCGGUGAAUUCGUACAGUUUUAUACCACGGCCCGUUAUUUGUAGCGCAAUGUCUGAUAAUCUGCGCAACGCUUCAGCGCUCCCCGCGAACGAUGUAUUUUCAUCGCAGUCAUCGAGCGCUCCGAUACCGACAACUCAGGCCAACGGGGCUCUCGCAAACUUACAGUACUCACCAAAUAAUUUUAACUUCCCUAAGAAAUUGCUAGACUUGCCUGAUUUUAGUGGUAGACCGGAAGACUGGCCCGUGUUUUAUGCUGCGUUUAUGGAGUCGACGGCGGCAUAUGGGUAUAGUAAUUUUGAUAACAACCAGCGUCUUCAAAGGUGUUUGAAAGGCGAUGCGCGUGAGACGGUGAAAUCGUUGCUGAUCCACCCUAACAAUGUUGGAUGCAUUAUUGAACAGUUGAAGUUCAGGUUUGGGCGGCCAGAGCAACUGGUUCGUAGUCAGUUAGCGCAGGUUAAGGAAAUAGCGCCAAUUUCCGAGAAUUUUUUGAGUAAGCUAAUACCGUUUGCGACCAAAGUGAAAAACGUUUGUGCUUUCUUGCAGUCAGCUGGCGCCGAACAUCAUAUCUCCAAUCCGAUGUUGCUCGAUGAACUUAUCGCGAAGUUACCCAUGAGCAAACGCAUUGAGUGGGGCAGGUACGCCACCGCCCUGCAGAUGCGAGCUACCGCACUACAUUUUAGUGAUUGGCUUACAUCACUUGCCAACGUUAUAUGCACGGUUAACGAUGAAUGUCAACAUCCUGCUCGUGAGCCCAAACGCCGCAUGGUACUCCACUUGGACGAGACGAUGUCGAGAAAAUGCCCGUUAUGCCAGGGCCAGCACAAGCCAGCUGACUGCAAGCGCCUAAUUGAAGCAACGGUGAGCGAUCGAUGGACCGAAGUUAAAUCCCGGCGAUUAUGUUUCGCCUGCCUAAAUGCGGGUCAUACUACAAGCAGUUGCAGAAGACGUAAGCUUUGUGGUAUCGAUGGGUGCAAUCGGGCACAUCAUAGAUUGCUCCAUGAGUUCCGGUCAGAGCGCCCGUCAGCUCCACCCACGUCAUCGUCACGAAGCGUCGCCCGCUCUGCGUCAUCACGGUUUACGUCGCCACCAAACAAUCCUCAUCAGCAACCGUCUCGCGAUAAAGGCGCAACAGUACUAAGUUGUGCUACCAACUCCCCAGAGAGAAAGCUGCUCUAUCGUAUCCUCCCGGUCACAUUGUACGGAAAGCAACGCCGCGUCGACACCUACGCUUUACUCGAUGAGGGCUCAUCUAUAACGAUGCUCGAUAGUAGCCUUGCAAAGGAGUUGGACUUGCAAGGACGGCCACACAGCCUGCACGUACAAUGGUUCGGGGGACAUGCGGUACAAGAGCCUGCCACUUUAGUUGACCUACAUAUAAGCGGUGCCGGUAUGAAAAAAAGGCACAGCCUGCAACGAGUUCACGCCGUACGUAAUCUUCAGCUGCCAACACAAAGCCUUAGUCGCAGCGAUUUAAUACUGGACGACAAAGAAGCACGCCACUUGCCAAUGCAACCCCACUCUGGUGCGACCCCACGACUCCUCAUCGGCAUAGACAAUUGCCAUUUGGGUUUAUCAUCGACCACCAUUACGAUGAGGAAAAACGGGCCAUUUGCAGCCAAAACGGAGCUCGGCUGGGUGGUGUUCGGUCCAGUUAGUAAAUGCUCGCCCUCGCCAAUAACGUGUCUAUUCGUGAACUCCAGUCGGGAUGAAGCGCUUCACGACAUGGUCGCCGAUUUUUUUGAGACUGAGAGCUUUGGUGUGAGACCAUCGCCACCUAUCGAAAGCGAGGCCGACAUCCGUGCACGAGCCAUGUUGGAGUCGACAACCUGUCGCGUUGGACCACGUUUCCAGACAGGACUGCUAUGGAAGCACGACGACGUUCAAUUGCCAGAUAGCUACGGAAUGGCGCUCAAUAGGCUAAGGAUCGUUGAAAAAAAAAUGAGUCGUGAUGUUGGAUUUGCUGUCGCCUAUAAGCAAAUCAUUGACAGCUACCUUGAGAAGGGCUACGCACGCAGACUCGCAACGUCUGAAUACGCUUCGUCGACGCCACGUACCUGGUACUUGCCGCAUUUCGCGGUAGUGAAUCCGAACAAGCCGUUCAAACUGCGAAUCGUGUUUGACGCUGCCGCCGAGGUCAAUGGCAUCUCCUUAAACAGUCGCCUGCUUAAGGGGCCACAAGAAUACAAACCGCUGCCGUCUAUUCUUUUCCGGUUCCGUGAACGGGCAGUUGGCUUGUGUGGCGACAUCAGGGAAAUGUUCCACCAAGUGCUUAUAAGCCCAGAGGAUAGACGCGCCCAGCGAUUUUUAUGGCGUGACGGUGACUCUGGCCGAACUCCCGAUGUGUACGAGAUGCGCGUGAUGACAUUUGGAGCCGCUUGCUCCCCUUGUGCGGCCCACUACGUUAAAACACGAAACGCGUUAGAACACAACAGCGACAGCCGCUAUACAGCCCGCGCUAUUACUGCUAUUUUGGAAAAUCAUUAUGUGGACGACUUCGUAGAUAGCUUCAACUCGCCAAGGGAAGCCAUCGACAUCGGGGCACAGGUAAGAGCGAUUCACAUGGGCGCCGGCUUCGAGCUUCGCAAUUUUACAUCGAACUCGACGGAGGUGAUUGCUGCGUUGGAUGGCGUUGACGUCGAUAAGGUUAUUGGAAUAAAGAAUGGUCUGGGCACUGAGCGGGUACUGGGUUUGCAUUGGCACUCCACGACUGACAACUUCAAAUUUGGACUCAAAUUCAAUAACGUGAGUGAAGCGGUGAUGAGCGGUACUAGAUGUCCUACGAAGAGGGAGCUCCUCAGUGUGGUCAUGUCCAUAUUUGAUCCGCUGGGGUUCCUGGGUAACUUUGUUGUCGGGGCGAAGCUGUUAAUGCGAGAGGUGUGGAGGCAUGAAACACGCUGGGAUGAACCACUUCCAGUAAACAUUGCUGCGUCAUGGGAAAAGUGGCGGAGGCAACUGCCAUCGGUAGUCAGGUAUACCUGUCCUCGAUUCUACUUCCGCAACGGUGCGCCGGAAACACUACAGUUACACACAUUUGUCGACGCCAGCGAGAAUGCCUUUGCUGCCGUCACGUAUUGGAGAGCCAAGAACGCUCGUGGUGAGGUAGAGGUUGCCUUUAUUUGCGCGAAAUCUAAGUGCGCUCCAUUGAAGCCGCUUACCGUACCGCGCUUAGAGCUGCAAGCUGCCGUAUUAGGAACGCGCCUACAGCAAGCCGUAUGCGAAGCACACUCCUUUAAACCAAACAAACGUUUCCUUUGGUGUGAUUCUACGACGGUCAUCAAAUGGGUUCGAAGCAAGCACCGUAAAUAUAAGCCGUUUGUUCAGCACAGAAUUGCUGAAGUUUUAGCCACCACGCAAGUGUCCGAGUGGCGAUGGAUACCCACGGCAGAAAAUGUGGCCGACGAAGCCACGCGCGCGAACCACGCAAUCGUGUUUGGACCUACUGUGCGCUGGGUACUAGGCCCGUCGUUUCUACGAGAAGAGGAGCAUGCCUGGCCCUCCGAAGAUGCAGUUUUCCUAGACUCAGAUGAGUACGAUGAAGAACUACGACCACAACACGCAUUAACCAUCGUAAGUCAAAAUUUCAUAAACUUUAAUCGCUUCUCUUCAUACAACAGGUUGUUGAGGACCACAGCCUGGGUUAUACUGUUCGUCAAAACCUGUCGCCGAAUUCAAAUUAAGAGUCCCUACGGUCUUAGUGCUGGCGAUCUUGAAGCGGCGAAACUGCUCCUAUGCCGACUGGUUCAGGGCGAAUCCUUCUCCGAAGAAAUUCAGCAGAUACGCGAUGGACAAGACAUAACGAGACAGAGCUCGUUGCUACAACUGCUGCCAUACCUAGACGAGGAUGGUGUACUACGUGCUCGCGGGCGCAUUGAUGCCGCCAGCUGGCUUCCGAUCUACACGAGGCGCCCCAUAAUAUUGCCACCCACUCACGCAUAUACGAAGCUAGUUACAGCACAUCAUCACGUUCUCAUGGGUCAUCAAAAUUCUGAAGCUACAAUAUGCGCCAUCCGCCGCGUCUACUGGGUACCUCGGUUAAGGACGCUUCUACGAAACGUCAGCGCCAGCUGUAAUGUGUGCCGCCUCCGUAAGGCGACACCGGUUCCGCCACUAAUGGGGCCGCUUCCCAUCGAUAGGCUCACGCCCCACGUUAGGGCGUUUACAUACACUGGCAUGGACUAUUUUGGACCCCUCAACGUAACAGUACGGCGCAGCACCGAAAAGCGGUGGGUGGCACUUUUCACCUGCCUUACCACACGAGCAGUGCACCUGGAAAUGGCACACGACUUGAGCACUGACUCAUGCAUCAUCGUCCUUCGCAAUUUUGUUAACCGCAGAGGAGUGCCUGUGAGGUUAAGAUCCGAUAACGGAAAGAACUUCGUUGGCGCCAAUAAUGAAGCCAAACGAUUCUCUGAAGUUUUCGACUGCGAGCGUGUGCAGGGUGAAUUGUCGCAACGAGGCAUCGAUUGGGUAUUUAACUCGCCGUUUAACCCAGCUGAAGGAGGCGCCUGGGAGAGGAUGGUGCAGUGCGUCAAGCGAGUGUUGCGCCAAACGCUAAAGGAAGUGGCCCCACGUGAGCACACGCUCAAUUGCUUUCUGCUCGAGGCGGAAAACGUCGUCAACUCCCGGCCUCUCACGCACCUGCCCAUCUCUCCCAACCAAGAGCAGCCGUUAACGCCGAACGAUUUCCUGCUGGGGUCAUCCAAUACUGCGCAUACGCCCAGUGUGACCGAAAUACCAACCACUCCCCGUGCUAUGCGUCAGCAGUGGCGAAUUGCUCGCCAACUCAGAGACCAUUUCUGGAAGAGAUGGGUGCUGGAGUAUCUCCCGACGCUAACACGUCGUGAGAAGUGGUGUCAACCAACAAAACCGUUGAAGGGAGGGGACUUAGUAUUCCUGUGCGACCCUAACGUUCCAAGAAGGCAAUGGUGCCGAGGCGUGGUGGAGCAGUUGUAUCCUGGCAAAGAUGGUGAGAUACGGCAAGUUGAUGUGCGCACGAACUCCGGGGUGAAGCGAAGAGCCGUUGCAAAGUUAGCCGUUCUGGAUAUUGAAGCUGGUGAAUCGGGAGAUUCACGGGGGCGGGGAUGUCCCAGAACGCCACCUAUUGAAUGA